AUGGCCAGCGAGAUUGAUCUGUACACCCAAUACCCGCUCCACAUGGACGGCGCCUCAAAAGCCAUCUCCCUGCCUCCAUCUUCCGCCUACACCAGCACCCAGUCAACGACGAUCAACUCCGAACUCGAAGAACUAAACACCCUCCACCGGGCUCUCAUCUCCCUCGACGCCCCCAAUGUCCCCCCACCCCCGAUGCCCGUCAACGCCAAGCGCGGCGCCCAAAUCGCCAAACUCCGCGAAAGUGCCAACACCGCCUACCGCAAGAAUAACUACGCCGAGGCGGUGCGCCUGUACACCUACGCCAUUGAGAUGGCCAUCUCCCGCCCCGGGUGGGAGCCUGUUGCGCUGGCGCGUGAGGAUCUGUCGGGUCUGUAUGGGAAUCGGGCGCAGGCGCAGAUGGCGUUGCAGGCUUGGCCAGAGGGUUUGACCGAUGCGAAGAUUAGCGUUGAUUCUAAGCCCAUGGGGAAUGUCAAGGCUUGGUGGCGCGUUGCGAAGUGCUUGGCUGAGAUGACUCGGUAUGAGGAGGCCAAGACUUUUCUACUGAAGGGGCUGGAGAUUGAGGGGAGGGCUUCGGAUGGGGCGAAGGAGUUGGUUGCGCUGUUGGAGGAUGUUGAGGCUGCGCUGAAGAGGGCUGUUUAA